AGGAGUGCAUCCAUAUCCAGCUAACAAAGCUGAAAUGCAAAGACACGCAGGUGGCAGUGACUGCAAGCUCAGAAUACCGCCCGCAUCUUGCAUAACAUCAGCCGAGCCUCCGAGCGCUGCUAACAGCAUACUAGACCAGGUCAGCCCGGGCUUCUGGAAACUGCGUGGAAGGAAGCCCAAGCCGUUUCACAAUCUGCACUGAUCUAGCCUGGGCAGCGUCCCCGUUCUGUAUGGGCCGGGACUCCUUUUCUGGCCCACUACAUUGCAGGUGGUCGGCGUCAGCAUCCAGCAAAUAGUUUCAACGGGGAGCAAAAUAUUUGCACGCGGGCCUGCUACCGUAGUACAGGGAUUUAAUCGCCGUCUUCUGACCUGUGGUGUGGACACACCACGGCCUGCAUACGAUCGGCUUGGGCGCAGAGGACAUCUAUACCCAGCAAGCAUCUAGGUUCAUUGCCGGAACAGCAAAUUAUGGAACGCCAAUGUGCCAUGUGUUUGACACCAGCGCUCCCAUGUUGCAUUCCGCUUUCGUAGGCUGCCGCUUUGGGCUUGGUCGGUAGGGAAUCGUGUCCUAGUUGGCUCCGGUGGAUGCCUAGAUAGGCAGCAUUGCACGACAUUUCUUUCGUAAAUAGAGCAGCAUACGGACGUAUUUGGCAGCGCUGCAACAUGGAAUUGCUCAUGGACAAUGGCUAAUAAGUCGUAUCAUACCACGGCCCUAGACGCCCUAGACGCCCUGCUCAUUCGAGAGCGACUUACAACUUGGCAGCAGCUCUGCUGCAAUCCCCGCCGUUUCGUGGCUACUUGGCUAUAUUCGUUGGUUUCUUGCCAAACAGUCUCAAAAUCCAAAGAUGGUAUCUCCGUUGUCUGCGUAUCUGAUACGCAUGGGUCCAAGCCGUCAUUGCCAAUGGGCGAUAUCCUCGUCCACGCUGGCGACCUGACAAAAUCCGGGACCGUUUCUGAGCUACAGGAGGCGGCAGACUGGAUAGCAUCCCAACAACACAAGAUCAAGAUAGUAGUUGCCGGUAACCAUGACAUUGCACUAGAUCCGAGCUACAAACGAACAAAAGGCAGACACGGGCCGGAAUUGGCUACAUCCGCCAUACAAUGGGGCGAUAUCAUCUACCUAGAAAACACGUCUGCGUCAAUACAGUGUCCGAAUGGGAGGCAGCUCGUGGUUUAUGGUAGCCCGCUGUCUCCUAUACACGGGAACUGGGCGUUUCAAUAUCCUCGUCUACAAGAUCCAUGGACCGAUAUCCCACCCGUCUGCGACAUUCUCGUUACACAUGCGCCGCCAUUCGGGCAUGGCGAUCUCGGCUACGGCUGCCGUCACCUGCUAUCUCGCCUUUGGCACAUCCGGCCCAAGCUGCACGUCUUUGGCCAUGUCCACGAGGGCGCAGGGUCCUACGCCUUGGCAUAUGACGCAUUUCAAGCCGCCUAUGAAGCUGUGAUAUCUCAUCCAAGCAUGUGGAGUCUUGCUCGCUUAGCUUGGCAGUUUGUCACUCGCGUCAUGUGGACGUCAGAAGAACCACAGUCGCAGCUAGUAAACGCAGCCCUGACUGGUGGUCUGCGUAACAAGAUAGUCCGUCAACCUAUCAAGGUCUGGAUAUGAUAUUGUUGUUACACGCAAGGGACACAAGAGCGUGCCCGUGUAGCAGAUACUGGCAUUACCCCUGUGCCCUGAGGUCUCUAGUAUCGGAAAAUUGAAGGCGCACGGAGCCGCUUCCGGUCCCAUGCCCACAACGUGGUCGCUUUCCAACCAGGGUAGCGAUUCAUAAUAGUUGGAGCUUCUCCGGUCCCAACGGGCGGGAACAAACGGGUCUUGGAGUUCGUGUUUCGCUUGACAGAGUUCAUUUACACUCUACGCGACGGAGCCGCGGUGCGAGUUUGAUUGCGGUGUGGAUCGACAAUGCAGGGAUGGCAACUGUGCAUACAAUCUAUUUUUUGCUUUUGCGACAACUUCUGGGGGAGAGAGGGGACAAGAGACGCCACAGACCAAAUUGGAAUAUAAGGUGCACAUAUAUUACAUGAAGCAUGGGAUGGUGGGUUGUUGCUCGUGUCCUUCGAUAGUGCUUCUAGAAGGGUUGGGUUCCUCAGCUAAGCUAUGACAGUCUACCCGUCCUUGGAUACUGGCUUAUAACUUUGUAUCUCAUUAUGUAUAAUGCAUUCAGCUGCGCGUUUACUCCAUGUAGUGGAAACUACUGCCACCUGAUCAGUUUAGGCGCUGUUAGACGGCUCCCUAUGAAAUGGAUUGACUGGCGAACCACAUACCUCUCUCCUGCGUAGCUACAACUUUCCUUUUCAAUAAAUAGUAGAUCCGACCAUUUUUCUCCAAUAAAUACAGAAUAUUUACUAGCAUUCUUAGUAAAU